AUGGUCCCAAAGGCCGCCACCGGUGACUGGCGACCCUGCAGUGAUUACAGGGCCCUGAACAACGUUACUGUCCCGGACAGCUGCCUUUUCCCGCAUCUUCAGGAUUUUGCCGGUGCCCUAUUCGGCAAAUCGGUGUUCACGAAAAUUGGCAUGGUCCGUGCUUCCCACCAAAUUCCCAAUGCCCCAGAGGACGUUUCGAAGACGGCCGUCUCCACCCCCUUUGGUCUCGUUGAGUUCAUGCACAUGCCGUUUAGACUCCGCAACGCCUCCCUACAGGACAGAGAUUAG